AUGGCAGCGCGAGUAAAUAUAUCCGCCCGGCUCGCAUGCCGCCAGACCGCCACACACAGCAGCGCAUCAUCAUGCCAUCGGCGGCCGCGCCUCUUUUCCACCUCCGGCGCUUCGGUCGAUAAGGUCACCGACGCCGACAUUGCCACAUUAGCCCGUCAGACGCAACAUCCGCUGAGUUUGGCCGAUCUCGUCAAACACGGCCGCCCUCCUCUCUCCGAACGCUCCCUCCUCUCGUCGGCCAACUUCACCCUCUCGCUCCUCCCGAUCCGCCUCGCCCACCGCAUCCAGGCGCUGCGCAACCUGCCCUUCAUCGUCGUCUCCAACCCCAACAUCUCGCGCAUCUACAACAACUACCUGCACUCGCUGUCCAUCCUCCUGCCGUACUGGAAGGCCGCCGUCGAGGGCCGCGCCAUCGCCACGCCCGACGACGAGGUGCGCUUCACCCACGUCCUCGCCGAGCUCGUCGCCACCCACACCGACACCAUCCCCAUCCUCGCCAAGGGCUUCCUCGAGUGCCGCCGCUACAUCUCCCCCGCCGAGGUCACCGCCUUCCUCGACAGCCACCUGCGCGCCCGCAUCGGCACCCGCCUCGUCGCCGAGCAGCACAUUGCCCUGCACUUUAGCAGCCAGGAGCACUUUGACCCCGACGCCAGCCCGACGCCCUGCCCGGACCACCCCUCGUACAUUGGCGUCAUCGACACGGCCCUCCGCCCGGCCCUCACCAUCGAGUCCUGCGCCGGCUUCGUCGCCGACAUCUGCGAGCUGCGCUACGGCGUCCGCCCCGAGCUCGUCGUCGACGGCGAGCCCGACACCACCACCCUCGCCUUUGUCCCCAUGCACCUCGAGUACAUUGUCACCGAGCUGCUCAAGAACGCCUUCCGCGCCACCGUCGAGAGCAAGACCCGCGAGCCCAUCGUCGUCACCAUCGCCCCCGAGCCCGCCUUCAAGCACCAGCCGCCCGAGACAAUCCCUAGCAUCCCCGCCGCCGAGCACGAGGCCGGCCGCUUCCGCAGCAGCGCCAUCCUGCCCCUCGACGACAACACCCCCGGCGUCACCAUCCGCAUCCGCGACCGCGGCGGCGGCAUACCCACCGACGUCCUCCCCGACAUAUGGUCCUACUCCUUCACCACCUUCUCCGACGACCAAGAGUACACCAGCCCCUCGGGCGGCGACGGCCUCUCGGCCAUUGCCACCGCCAGCAGCGGCGGCAGCUCCAUUGCCGGCCUGGGCUACGGGCUGCCGCUGAGCCGCGCCUACGCCGAGUACUUUGGCGGCGGCAUCGCCCUGCAGAGCCUCUACGGCUGGGGCACAGAUGUCUACUUGCGCCUCAAAGGUGUCGGCAAGAUUGACACAUAG